CCAAUUUCCAAAAGAUUCAGAAACAUAACCAAAAGGCAGAGCUGCUGUACCAAACUUCAUAAAAACGGAAAAAUAAAAAAUUUAGCUGAAGGUGCGGCUAGUUUGUAACAUGAAUCCAGUAUAGUAUAUUGAUUUCAGAAGUAAAGAUGAGAACUAGGAGUUAGAUUAGCUCCAAAAGCAAGGACUCAUUCUUUAUCCCUCUCGAAGCCCUGAAAUCGAUGCUUUGAAUUCAUAUUCCUUCAGCAUAAUGCAAGAGCAGAGCUUUCUCAGAUGGAAGGAUUAUAAUACUUGAUACUCUCCCAUCAUCUCUGGAGUUCGAUCAUCAUCAAUUCAUGAAAGUCUCUGUUUCUUUUACGGCGGGUCACAAGAAUUCGUGAUUCUUGCCGACCAUUUCUUAAAAUGAAAUCGCACUAAUCAGAAAGUGAGCAAUUACAUGGCCGCAGGUUGUUUCACUUUCAAUCCAUUUCGAGCGAAAAGGCUCGAGAGAAAAUCACUAUUGCCAUCCGGUUCAUCUCCGGAGACAGAAGAAACUGCGGAAGAGGAGAAGGAGAAAAGAUUUGACAGUUUGAAAUCAUGGUCCGUGCUUUUGGAAUCAGAUGAGGCCGUUGAAGAAACGCCUCAGGCGGCGGAAUGGACGGCGGCGGAUCUGUCUCAGCUGGUUAUAGGGAACAAGUUUGCCGCAGGUGCACAUAGCAGGAUUUACAGAGGAAUUUAUAAGGAGAGAGCUGUGGCAGUGAAAAUAGUGAGAAUUGUGGGUCAAAAGGAGACUAGAACCAGGCUUGAAAAUCAAUUCCAUUCAGAAGUAGCUCUUCUUUCUCGCCUCUACCAUCCCAACAUUGUCCAGUUCAUUGCAGCGUGUAAAAAACCACGUGUGUACUGCAUUAUCACAGAGUACAUGUCACAAGGAACGCUUAGGAUGUACCUUAACAACAAGGAGCCAUACUCACUUCCAAUAGAUACCAUUCUGAGGCUAGCUCUUGACAUAUCUAGGGGAAUGGCAUACCUUCACUCUCAAGGCGUGAUUCACAGGGAUCUUAAAUCAAGCAAUUUACUCCUCAAUGAUGAUAUGCAUGUUAAGGUUGCAGAUUUCGGGAACUCAUGCCUCGAGAGGCAAUGCCACAAGGCCACAGGGAAUGUGGGGACUUAUCGGUGGAUGGCCCCCGAGAUGAUCAAGGGAAAGCCGUAUACCCAUAAAAUUGAUGUUUAUAGUUUUGGCAUUGUAUUGUGGGAACUUACUACUUCUCUUGUGCCUUUCCAAGGAAUGACUCCGGUGCAAGCUGCCUUUGCGGUUUCUCAAAAGAAUGAGAGACCGUCAUUGCCUGAAACUUGCCAACCAGCAUUAGUGCACCUUAUAGAGCGCUGCUGGGUACUCAAUCCUUCAAAACGGCCAACUUUUAGUUACAUAGUUUCUGCACUGGAGAGAUAUGACAAGUGUGUCAAAGAAGGCCUCCCACUUGCUCUCCACUACCCAGGGCUAGGAAGCAGAAAAUCCAUUAUUGGAUGCUUCAAAGGCUGCAUAUCCAUCAAACCAUCUACACAUAUACAUUCUGAUUGUUUUUUACAAUUAAAAAUUAAUGAUCACAAGUAGGUUAUAUAUACAUACAUGUAUACAUGCUCCACCUUUCUCUCUACUACAUUUAGAAGCUGUUCCGUUC